AUGAACUACUCGCUGUACACCAUAGACGCGUUCCUGAUCAUGGACACCGACGGGCAUCGGGUACUGGCCAAGUACUACCACCCGCCGGGACACCCUGACGGCGGCAAGGGACUGCAGACGCUGAAGGAGCAGCGCGCGUUCGAGAAGGGCCUGUUUGCGAAGACGCGGAAACCGGGAGGUGACAUUAUCCUGUUCGACGGGCACCUGGCGGUGUACAAGCACUCGCUGGACCUGAUAUUCUACGUGAUCGGGGGCGCGUCGGAGAACGAGCUGAUGCUGCAGUCGGCGCUGAUCGCGUAUUCGGACGCGCUGUCGAUGCUGCUCCGGAACCAGGUGGAGAAGCGGGGCGUGCUGGAGAAUCUGGACCUGGUACUGCUGUGCUUGGACGAGACGAUCGACGACGGGAUCAUCGUCGAAACGGACUCUGCUGCCAUUGCCUCUCGCGUGAGCCGGCCUCGGGCGGACACGACGGAGAUCGUGAUCAACGAGCAGACGCUGCUGAGCGCGUACCAGACGGUGAAGGAGCGGGUGGCGCAGCAGAUUGGAAAACUAUGA